UUUAACGUAUUAGACUGCUCUGAACACAAGAAUAUGUUUAAAAAUAAUCUUCAGGCUUACUUUUAAAGAGAAGACUAUAUCCUGCAUGAUUCUGUUCAAAUAAGAACAAAAAUCAACAAAUCUAUGGCGAGACCGACAAACAGUGUGACAGAGUACAUGGAGAUUUCUCCUGCCAUAUACUCUUUGCUUGAACAAGAUGGUCUGAAAAGUGCUGUUCCUACACUCCAUGACCAUCACUACAUGAACAAAUUAGUAUUUUCAGGUUCUAAAAUGGAUACUAUUAUCUUCAAGAAUUGGGUCCUUGAGAAGCAAAUAAAUAUGAAACAGAAGCCCUUACAGACUGAUCGUUCAGUCCUCGAGUAUCUGAAAUCAGUGGAUUGUGAUGAAAUGUCUGGAGAUCUCUUCAUAUCUCAUGGAAUAACUGCUGUCUACACAAUUGAAAAUGGAGAUGUUGUUGUGACUGGAAGCACAGAAAAGGCACUUGCUGAAGCAGAGAAAAGGGUGAAUAUUGUUCUUACAUCCAAAAGCAUCACUGUAGAAGAUCAAUGUGUCCUUCAAUUGCUGCAAUGGUUGGAUCUUAUCAGGAGCCUAGAAUGUUUGUACAACACAGCCAAAAUGGGGACUUGGUUUAUAGACUGGUCAGUGCAUAAAGACAAGCUUACAGUGAGUGGUUUCAGAGAUUCUGUGAAGGAGGUUAGUAAGAGGAUAGAAUGUUUCAUUGAGAAACACACUAGAAUUGAAGAAACUGUUUGUGUUAAAUCACAUGCUGUGGUUGAAUUUAUAAAAGACAGAAAACCACAAGAAUGGCAGCAUUUUAUUAAGUCUGAUAAAGUGAAAGUGAGUUUUGAUCCAAAGAGACCCUGUAUUAAACUGUCUGGAGAGCGUGCAUUUGUCCAGCCAGCUCUGACUUUCUUUAAAAGUUUGGCAGAUAAUCUCUACACAGACACACUGAUCAUUAAAAAGGCAGGAGCAAAAAAGUACUUCAUGGAGCAGGGUAAAAUGAUGCUUUCAAUGUUUGUGAGGGAAGAUGGAUUUAUGGUGGAACUUCAGGAAGAUGAUAUACUGGAGGAGGAGAAUGAUUUUUCUCAAGGGGCUCUAGGCAGAGUCUCCAGUUCCUGUUUUAAUGUGCACAUUUUGCAAAUAGGUCAUGUGACCCUGGAGGUUUCAUCAGGGGACAUAACCAAAGAAAAAACUGAUGCAAUUGUCAACUCCUCAAAUCAGACAUUUUCUUACAAAUCAGGGGUGUCCAAGGCGAUUUUAGAUGGUGCUGGAUUAUGGGUAGAACAGGAAUUAUUACAAAUGGCUAAAGAUACAAAUUUUCAGCUAACAGAGAUUGUGACCUCAUCUGGCAAUCUCCCAUGUAAAGAAAUCAUACACAUUGUUGGAUGUAAUAAACCAUCUGAUAUUCAGCUUAAGGUAUUGUCUGUUCUAAAGUUAUGUGAGAAUCACAGAUUUACCUCUGUUGCAUUCCCAGCUUUAGGCACAGGUCAAGGUGGAGCUAAUCCAGCUGAUGUUGCAGAUGCGAUGAUCAGUGCAGUGAUUGAAUUUGCGUUUAAAAAUGAACCAGUACAUGUUAAAAGUGUGGAGUUCAUUAUAUUCCAGACAAGUAUGUUGGCUGACUUUCAUCAAAACAUGCACAAAAGAGCCAUGAAGCCGAAGAAAGGCACGAUUAGCAGAACUAAAGGUAAAAAGAUAUUGUUUGAUGAAAUCAAGCCAGCUGUGUUUCACUUGUGUGGGGAGACGCCAGCGGAUUUGAAUAAGGCCAGUGCCCUGAUCAACAGCUUGAUUAACCAGGAACAUAUGAACAUCACAAUCCAUGAACCAGGCAUUGCUCAUUUCACCAAUGAGGAUUUAGAAAUGCUGAGCAAAAUGGAAAAGGAACUCAAAGUAAGUGUCAUAACUGAGAAGAAGGGACAAGACUCUGUCAUUACAUUGAAGGGCCUGACAGGAUUCGUCCAAACUGCAGAGAGUCGUAUUCGGGAUAUUAUCCGCAAAGUGGAAAGGAAUGAACACCGAAAAAGCCUGGCAAAUUUGACCAGCAGUAUAGUUGAAUGGCAAUAUCUAAGUGGUCACAACUUUAAAGCAUUUGAUAUUUUCACCAACUGUGACUUGGAAGAGGCCUUUAACCACCAAACAACCUCUGUACAAAUCAAGAUUGACAGUGCAGUGUAUGAUGCAGACAUAUUUCGCAAAGUUGCCACAAAGGGAGGAAAACGUGUUGAACUAAAAAGAGUAGAACUGAAAGCUGCAGCUCAAAGUUCUUUGCCUUCACACUGGGAGGACAUGAAAGGACAGUCAGUUGUUCUAGUCAAACUCAGAGCAGACUCCAAGGAAUAUGCAGAUGUGGAAAAGGAGUUUAAAAAAACUGGACUAUCCAGCAAUAUCAUUAAAAUUGAAAGAGUCCAGAAUAGUGCACUUUGGAGAAACUACUUGAUCAAAAAGGAGGAACUGGAAGUUAAAAACAAGCACACAAACAAUGAAAAGCUUCUCUUUCAUGGCACUGGCUCUGAUAAGACAGAUCAGAUAAACAAUCAGGGCUUCAAUCGCAGUUUCGCUGGCAUGCAUGGAGCUUUGUAUGGGAAUGGCACAUAUUUUGCUGUGGAUCCAAGUUAUUCAGCAAAAGGCUACUCUAAACCUGAUGCCAAAGGACACAAACGCAUAUACCUUGCCAGGGUACUUGUUGGUGACUUCACUCAAGGAAAAAAAGGCAUUUGUACUCCCCCCAAAAAAAGUUCACAAAGUGUUGAUCUUUAUGACAGUGUGACAGAUAAAACUAACAACCCAUCCAUGUUUGUGAUACUCAAAAAAUUACAAUCAUACCAACAAUAA